AUGGCCAAGCUCAUUCUUGCUACAGGUUUGGCCAUUGUGCUGAAUGCUCUGUUGGGUUCUGCCUACCAGCUCAUGUGCUAUUAUACCAGGGAGGCCAAGAACCGGGAUUACCCUGCGAAAUUCAAACCUGAUGAUAUAGACCCCUGCCUGUGUACUCACGUCAUCUAUGCCUAUGCUACGAUGCGGAACAAUGAGAUCACUCCGAUAAGCAUGGAGGACUUGAGUGACUAUGAUGCCAUAAACAAUCUGAAAACCAGGAACACGGACCUGAAAACUCUUCUGGCCAUUGGAGGCAAGAAGUUCCCGCCUAGUGGGUUCAGUAUCAUGGUGUCUACUUCUGAGAACCGUCACACUUUCAUUACGUCAGUCAUGACAUUCCUGCGCAAUCACAAUUUUGAUGGGCUGAACCUGGACUGGCAGUACCCUGGGUCUGGUAGAAGCCCAUCUAAGGACAUGUAUCUCUUUACUCUCCUGGUGAAGGAAAUGCAUGAAGCGUUUCAGAAUGAAACUUUAGAUGAACACGAGACCAGGCUGUUACUCACUUCCACAGGUGCUGGUAUCACCUCCAUCAUUAAGUCUGGCUAUAACAUCCCUGAACUGUCACAGUCCCUUGAUUACAUUCAGGUCAUGACAUAUGAUCUCCAUAGCUACAAUGAUGGCUAUACAGGAGAAAAUAGUCCCCUCUUCAAAGGUCCACAUGAGAGUGGCUGCCUUAAUGUGGACUGUAUCAUGACCUACUGGAAGGACCAUGGGGCUGAUCCCAACAAGCUCCUUGUUGGAUUCCCCACAUACGGACAAACCUUCACCCUGAGUGACCCCUCUGAGCAUGGAAUUCAUGCCCAUACCAUUAGUGCUGGACAACCAGGGAAGUACACAAAUGAAGCAGGACUAUGGAGCUACUAUGAGAUUUGCAACUUCCUGAAAAAUGGAGCCACUGAGAUAUGGAAUGCCCUGCAGGAAGUACCCUAUGCUUUUAAGGACACAGAAUGGGUUGGUUAUGAUAAUGUCCAGAGCUUCCAGAUGAAGGCUCAGUGGCUCAAGAACAACAACUUAGGUGGUGCCACUAUCUGGCCCCUGGACAUGGAUGAUGUCACUGAUUCUGUAUGUAAACAGGGAAAGUUCCCUCUGACCCGUACCUUAAAGAAAGCUCUCAAUAUCCAGAUUCCUAGUUGUAAGGCAUCUUAUCGUGAGGAGCUUUAG